AUGCCACGAAGACCUGCUAAACGCGCGCACGAACUCAUCGACCUUACGGGUGACGAUGAGUCUGAGACGCGUCAGAAACGGCCCGCCCCUAAAGGUCACCAUAAUCAACAACAUCAUUCCCCUGGACAAGGUGGAACAAGCGUCUAUGGGAGUUCUUCAUCGCAAGCUGCGCCCUCAUCUACCGCUGAACCAGAUUACCUUGACUUGACACAAGAUGAUGAUGGCCCCCCUCUUGAGCUUUACGGAACCUUUGAUGGGAAGAUUGUUGGUGUGAGGUACUACAGAGGAUAUGCUUCAGCGGGUGAAAACGUUCUUUGCAGACGAGAACCCAACAACCAGUACGACUCCAACGCCAUUCGCGUUGACAACGUUGUCGGUGAUCAAAUCGGCCAUCUUCCUCGAAAGGUUGUUGAGAAGAUCGCCCCAUAUGUGGAUCGUGGUGACGUUGUCCUCGAAGCCCAGCUCACAGGUGAGAAGGGCUUCUACGACUGUCCAGUUAAGCUCUUCUUCUAUGGACCUAGCGACCCGGAGGAGCGCUCCAGAAUCGAAGAAUCGCUCAAGAGGGAUAGGCUUGUCAAGGCUACGGAGCUCAAGAACACUAGAAAGGAAGCUGAAGCCCGUAGAAAGGCAGCCAUGGGGCUUGUGAAUGGCAGCUCGACUCAUGGUCUUGGCCAAGACCUUGCUGUUCCACAGAAGCCUGAGAUCACGAUGGACAAUGUUCUGCAGAAGAGUGAGGCCGUGGAGAUGCGCAAAGGCGGAGACGCGAUCAAGUCACUUGCUAUUGGCGAGGAUGAGCUUGCGAAGAUGCCAAUGGCCGAGCAGCCCGAACAGCUCAAGGCACAGCUUCUGCCAUACCAAUUACAGGUUUGUCUCUUUCUCGCCGAGAAGCGCAUUUUGCUGACUAGCUUAUCACAGGGCCUUGCGUGGAUGACCUCCAAAGAAAACCCUCAGCUUCCUGCCAAAGACUCCAAAGAGCCAGUGCAGCUCUGGCUCCAUAAAUCCAAUAACCGUUUCCACAAUAUCGCAUCCGGCUUUGUCACAAGCACAGCUCCAAAACUCCUUUCCGGCGGUAUUCUUGCAGAUGAUAUGGGCCUCGGAAAGACCCUUCAGAUCAUCAGCUUAAUCCUCACUGGUGGCAAGGGUCCAACUCUCAUCGUUGCGCCCGUCAGCGUCAUGAGCAACUGGAGUCAGCAGAUCAGGCGCCAUGUCAAAGGUGACCAGCAACCAAGCAUCUUCGUCUACCACGGAGGUGAUAAGUUACACCCAUUGCAACUCCAGAGAUAUGAUGUUGUGAUCACCAGCUAUGGAAGACUUGCCAGGGAGCGAGACUCGAGCGUUCCCAGAGCUAUAACUUCUCCGAAAAUUAAAUGGCGGCGGGUAGUUCUUGAUGAGGGUCAUACCAUCCGAAAUUCGAGAACCAAGGUGGCCUUGGCUGCUUGCGAGAUUAACGCAGAGUCUCGCUGGGUUCUGACAGGAACACCUAUCGUAAACUCAGUCAAGGACCUUCACUCCCUGGUCAAGUUCCUCCACAUCACCGGCGGUAUCGAGGAAUCCGAAAUCUUCAAUGCCCAAAUCACUCGCAAAUUGGCCAACGGUGAACGCCAUGGCGAAGUACUUCUUCAGGCCCUCAUGCAUGACCUUUGUCUCCGCCGCAGGAAGGACAUGAAGUUUAUAGAUCUCAAAUUGCCGGCCAAGAAGGAGUAUGUCCACAGAAUUCCAUUUCGCAAGGAUGAGAAGCGCAAGUAUGAUGCUUUGCUGGAUGAGGCAAGAGGUGAGCUCGAGCAGUGGCAAGCAGGCUCGCAAUCAGGACAGAAGGGACGGUUUCAGAACGUCCUUGAACGGCUUCUUCGUCUUCGACAAAUCUGUAAUCACUGGACUCUCUGUAGAGAACGCGUUAGUGAUAUCCUCAAACUCCUUGACGAGCAUGAGGUUGUUCCCCUCAACGCCAAGAACCGUGGCCUUCUCCAAGAAGCUCUCCGCCUAUACGUCGAAAGCCAGGAAGAAUGCGCAAUCUGCUACGACAACCCGAACGACCCUGUCAUCACGACCUGCAAACACGUCUUCUGCAAAAACUGCAUCCUGCGCGCUAUCCAAUUGCAGCACAAAUGCCCAAUGUGUCGCAACAAGUUGGACGAGAACAGUAUUCUUGAACCAGCGCCCGAAGACGCCGGCGAUGAUUCACGCGAUUUUGACGCCGACUCGCAGAGUUCCAAAACGGAAGCGAUGCUGCAAAUUCUGAAGGCGACGAUGAAUAAGGAGGGAUCAAAGGUUGUUGUGUUUUCUCAGUGGACUUCGUUUCUCAAUAUUGUUGAGGCGCAGCUCAAGAAAGAAAACAUGGGCUACACGCGUAUUGACGGCAGCAUGAAAGCCGAUAAGCGCGACAAAGCCAUAGAGGCUCUCGACAGCGACCCCAAGACACGAGUGAUGCUCGCUAGUCUUUCUGUCUGCAGUGUCGGUCUUAACCUCGUUGCAGCUGACACCGUCAUCCUCUCUGACAGUUGGUGGGCACCCGCCAUCGAGGAUCAGGCUAUUGACCGCGUCCAUCGUCUGGGACAAACCCGCGAGACUACCAUCUUCCGACUCGUCAUGGAAGGUUCGGUUGAGGAGCGUGUGCUAGACGUGCAGGGUGAGAAGCGAGAGCUCGUGACGAAAGCAUUCAGAGAGAAAGGAAACAAAAAGCGUGAGAAUUCACGCGCGGCAGACAUUUCCAAGCUACUUGGCUAG